AUGGGUAAUCAUCCAGGAAGUAUUAUUCAUAAACUGAAGCGCGACAUAUCAGGCACGCAUGAACACUCACUGUCUUCAUCAUCAAUAGAAUCAACACCACAAAAGAAGCCUACAGAUUUCGAAACAUUUUUACUUAUAUGGCUCGACCCCAAUGUUGACACAAGUACAGAUAAUGUUCAAACUCAAAAACGUCUAAGAGAAAUUCUAACAUGUCUUAUAACAUUUGAUAAAGUUGAACCAUGUGAACGAUGCCUUAAGAAAUGUUGUGCCAAUGAAAAAAUUAUUCUCAUCGUAUCGGGCGCAUAUGGACAAGAGAUCAUACCGAAAAUUCAUCAUUUAAAAAGAUUGAUUACAAUUUAUGUCUAUUGUUUAGACGUUGGCCGAAAUAAACAAUGGGCUAAAACUUUUGCAAAAGUACGAAAUGUUAUAUCUUCAACAGAUAUUCUUUUAGACGAAUUAUCUCAUGAUCAAACUAAUCGUGAAGGCGUUGAAGAUUCUAAAUCAUUGCAAAUAUACGAACACAAACAACAGAUCACUCAUUUUGAUACGAGAACCGUGUCGUUUGUGUCGUAUCAACUUUUACUUGAAAUUCUUAUAUCACCAAAUUAUAUACUAACACAGGGAACAUAUUAUGAAUUGCUUCAUAUUCUUCGUCAAUAUAGCUCUGAUGAUCAGUACGGUACACAAUUAAUUAAUGAAUUCCAACGAACAUAUGAUCCAAAAAGAGCUAUACUGUGGUUAACACGUCAUACACCGUUGUCACGUUUCGUUAAUAAAGCGUUGCGCGAACAAGAUAUUCAAAUGCUGUUUGCGUUACGUUUUCUCCUUGUUGAUAUUCAUACUCAAUUAGUUUCACAUCAAGGGCCAUCGCUCAACAUAUUUAAAUUACAGCCUAUGUUGAAAAAUGAAAUGGAACAUCUUCGAGCUAAUCCAGGUCAAUUGAUGGUUGUGAAUGGAUUUCUAUUUGCGUCAACUGAUAGAUCUCACGCGAUGUCUACAGCUAGAUUUGAUGAUCAAUAUGAAACAGUUUUAUUUGAUAUCAAAGCAAGUUUUCGUACAGGUGUAGCACCUUUUGCUAUUCUACAAGAUAUUGAUUCAACUAUUGAACAUCGAAAAGAUCAAGAAGUACUUUUUAUGUGUGGUUCAAUAUUUGAAGUUGGCACUUUAAUAUACGAUAAUUCUAUAUGGACACUUCAUCUGAAAUUAGCUAGCGAUACUGAUUCAAUAACAUUGUAUAAUAUGAAAACUAAAUUAAAAGAAACUAAAAAUCUCAGCAUUAUUGGUGAUCUAUUAAAUGAAUUCAAUCAACAAGAAAAGGCAGCGAUUUAUUAUGAGAGACUUUUUCAAGAGUUGCCUACACAAAAUCUUUUCUUAUCAACAAUCAAUCAGCCAUCACCUAGUAGAACUUCUACCACUAAUGUUUCAUUUGUUCUUAUCAAUUUAUCUCCGCAUAUGUCUAAAUUUGCUCUCACUAUUUUAAAUACUCUUUCUUCGACGGCAUCGAAUCCAAUAUCAAUUAUAGAUGAUAUGGCAACUAUUGAUUUUUCUCGAUGGCCUACAGAGUCAGUUUUUAUUUUUACAUCUGCAAAAUUUUUAUCUUCGAUAAAAACGAAAUCGGCCGGUUGUAAAAUUUUCCUCUUUGAUGAAAGUAAUGAUAAAAACCAUAGUGAUCAACAACGAUUUUCAACUAUUGACGAAUUAAUAUGUCAAUUAGCUGAUGAAAUCAUUCAAAACUAUCGUCGCAUAUCUGAUGAAUAUAUUAAAAAUAAUAAUUUGGCUAAAGCAGACGAACAAAUCAAACAAAUCAAUCGGAUUUAUGCCGAAUUAAGACAAGUAAAUGAGAAAUUUUCAAAGAGUACAUCUGUUUUGAAGAAAGCAUCUGACAAUAUUGAAACACAAUUAAUUUGUUUAACAUCAAAAGCAAAAAAUGAUGAAGAAGAUAUGAAGUGUAUUCAAGAGGAUUUCAAGGAUUAUUUCUCGUCGUAUGUCACUUUUAGUGAUUUUAAGAGCUUCGACUCGUUUUUAGCUGAUGAAAAUAAAAUUACUGAUCUAUUUAUUAUCAUUUAUAAUAAUUACGAAGAAUCAACUGUAAAUCUUGUUCGUCAAUUAUCGAAUGUUAAAUAUAUAUAUCGUUAUGGAGAAUCAAGAAAUAAAGAUAAUAAUUUCAUAUCAAAUCAAAAUGAUCUUCGUUAUCGUUUAGCAUCUGAUCUGAUAGAUCAUUAUGCAAAAUUAGGUGAACAAUAUCGAACUAAUAAACAAUCGAAAUUAGCUCGGAAAAUGUUUGAGAAAGCACGAAACUUGUGUGUUUUUUUAUCAGAAAAUUGUUUUUGA